UCCGAGGGAGGGGGGAGUUCCAAGGGAGCUUAGGAUUGUGUAUGAUCAUCCGAUGAAUCACCGCUGGAUUUCUAGUCAAUGUGCUAGUAGUACGGGUCUGAAGUGACAAUAAAACCCUUGCCUAGUUGUCCAUGUCUAUGUCUAAAUCUGAACUUUCCCUCCAUAAAAGAGGCGGGAAGAGACCUACAACUGCACAGUGCACAGCAUAAGGUUGCAGUCACGAGUCAAGUUUCUCUUAAGCUAUUUCCAUGGACUCCGAUUCCGAUGGCUCUCACAUUUCCGCAACGCCACCACGUGAUUCACCACCUCCCUCUCCGCCUCCAGCAUCAGCAAGACCCGCUCUUCUUCUAUCCUCCGCCAAAUCAAGAACUAAAUUUAAAGCCGCCACCAUUUCCAAGUCCACUUCACGCCCCAUCCUGAAACCAAAACCCUCUAGCAAAUGCUCUAAGUCAGCUAUAAAUCCUGAUCCGAAACUACCCCUUCAAGGAAACCCAACUAAAAUUUCACUUCCCCCACCUGACCUCUCCAGUUUACCCUUCCAUCAUAUCCACCGCUCUGGCUCAAUUAAUGGAAGCUCCUCAUUUUCCUCCAAUUGCAACCAUUCAGUCCCAACCCUUGUACCUGUUGGGCGUCUGAUAUCCAAGUUUGCAUCUUUCUCGAAAACCCGGAAAGAAAAUCUGAAAUUUGAGCCCCUUGAAUCUAAUCCCACUGAACCUUUAUUAACAACCCCAAAGCCGAAGGCAGAGUUAGGGGAUGACAAUGUGGUCCGACAAGAAACUGGAAAUGAAGGAUUUAAUGCGUCCAAAGUGGUGAAGAAACAUCCUAAUUGCAUUGAAAGUGGCGUGUCUUCUGCUUCUAACGCUUCUAUAUCGUCAGCGACAAGGGUUAAAUUUAAAAGUGAAGGUAACUUUGUGAAACUGAAUAUUAAUGGUUAUGGAAGGAAAAAGUUCAAAAUCAAGGGGAAGCACAGGAAUCUUGGAAGUUCAUCAAUUGGGCGUCAAAGAUUUUCCAGAAGACGUAAUAGGAAAUUUGGAGUUGAAAAUAAAGGAGAAGGAGAAGUGGGCGGAUUAUGUGAUGAAGAUGAUCAUGUUUUGGAGAUUAAACACGUGCAGAAAAUAUCUAGUUUUGAUAUCGGUACAAUUGAAGAGGCUGUGAUGAGGGUACGAGAUGAGGCAUCAGAUGAGAAUUUACUGAGGCUAUUGAAAUUAAGUCAUGGCUAUGAUUCAUUCAGGAAUGGGCAAUUGGAGGCUAUUAAGAUGGUGCUUUCUAAGAAAUCAACCAUGUUAAUUUUACCAACUGGCUCUGGGAAGUCUUUGUGUUAUCAGGUGCCUGCGUUAGUUUUGCCAGGAGUUACCCUUGUCGUUAGUCCAUUAGUCGCUUUGAUGAUUGAUCAGCUCAAACACCUACCUCCUACUAUUCCUGGUGCUCUCCUGUGUAGCAGUCAGACACCAGAAGAGGCUUCCGAGGCACUUAAGUUAUUAAAGAACCAAACAAUAAAGGUACUCUUUGUUUCACCAGAGAGGCUUUUAAAUGUCGAAUUCAUAUCCAUAUUUUCUGGCAUUUCUUUAAUAUCACUUGUUGUGAUUGAUGAAGCCCACUGUAUAUCGGAAUGGUCACACAAUUUCCGGCCUUCCUACAUGAGGCUAAGGGGAUCAAUGUUGCGUGCUAAGCUUCAUGCUGAUUGCGUUCUUGCAAUGACUGCAACUGCAACAUCUAAAACGUUGCAUAAUGUGAUGCAUGCUUUAGAAAUUCCUGCAACAAAUCUAAUCCAGGCUGUCAAAAUGAGGGAAAAUCUGCAAUUAUCUCUGUCACAGACUGGAAAUAGAAUGAAAGAUCUAAUGACAUUACUCAAAUCUUCUCCCUAUGUGGAGAUAAAAAGCAUAAUUAUUUACUGCAAAUUUCAGUCUGAAGCUGACCUGAUAAGCAGAUAUCUAUGUGACAACAAUAUCUCAGCUAAGAGUUAUCAUAGCUCUAUCCCUGCAGAAGAUCGACGUCGUAUACAGGAAAUAUUUUGUUUGAACAAGAUAAGGGUGGUUGUUGCAACUGUGGCUUUUGGCAUGGGACUUGAUAAAAGGGAUAUUGGAGCUGUAAUACAUUACAGCUUACCAGAAAGCUUGGAAGAAUACGUUCAGGAGAUAGGCCGUGCUGGACGUGAUGGAAGAUUGUCGUAUUGCCAUCUUUUUUUUGAUGAGGCUACCUACUUCAAGAUGCGUAGUCUUAUGUACAGUGAUGGUGUAGAUGAGUAUGCUGUGAAGAAGUUCCUUUGUCAAAUUUUCAGUAAUACAAAUUCAUCAGGCAAAAUUUGUUCAAUAAUCAAGGAAUCUGCAUCUCGGAAAUUUGAUAUCAAAGAAGAGGUGAUGCUUACAAUUUUAACUCAGUUGGAAUUGGAUGACCUGCAAUACCUGAACUUGCUUCCACAGAUCAAGGUUACUUGCACUUUAAAUUUCCAUCAGACUUCCCCAUCUUUGCUCGCAAAUAAAGAUAUUGUAAUUGCAGCAAUUUUAAAGAAGUCUGAACUGAAAGACGGGCAGUAUGUGUUUGACAUACCAAGUACAGCAAAUAGCAUCAGAUGGCAGGCUACUGACUUGUCGAACCAUUUGAAGAGUCUAAAGUUGAAGGGAGAGAUUACAUAUGAAUUGAAGGAUCAGGCAUUUUGCUAUAGAAUUGUGGAUGUGCCGAAUGAUGUUUGUUCUUUGGCAGCAAAUAUUACAAAGUGGUUAUCAGAUGUUGAGAUCUAUAAGGUUCGGAAAUUAGAUGCAAUGUUCAAUGCUGCGGUCUUUGCAGUAAAACAGUGUAAUAAAGUGGAUGGAUGUAAUGACCAUCAACAUACCCCUUGCUUACAAAGGAAGAUUUUCGAGUACUUCAACAGCAAUGAUGAUGAUAUCCCCAAUAUCAUGGCUGAAAGCAGUAACAUGUCUGUGCUCUACGUAGCAUUACUAAGUGUACUGAAACAAAUUUUUUCAAAUAUGCAGCCGCUUUCUGAGAGCCGACAUAAAGGUGUUUUUGCAGAGUCAUUCACAGGCAAAAUUUACCCCCAGAGCUGUUGCUAGGAUAAUGCAUGGCCUCGCCAGCCCAGCCUUUCCUUCUGCAACUUGGUUAAGAACUCAUUUCUGGUAUCUUUACUGCAUCACCAAUCUGUGCUUUAAGAUUCAGAAGAAGUGAGUAGUGACUGAACCCUAGGGAAAGUUGUCAACACAUACGCACCCAAAAAAAAAAAAAAGUGCUUGCUUCCUUCCAUGGUGUGCUAGUUUUGGUUAAAAGUAAAUGACAUUUGCAGCUUCCUCAGAUAUGUUCAAUGGUUCUUUCGAAUAAACCUAAUGUUUGCUUUUCUUGUGGAUAAUCUACUCUUCAAAGUAGUGCAUCAGCCAUCCUGGUAAAAUGAAAGAUACAUGUUUUAGAUCUGUUUUGCCACUAGUUUUCACAAGUUUCAAAGUCUACUGCGUGGAUUUUGUCUCUCCUUGAAUCAUGAGGUUGUGUAGGACUAUGAGGUUAUUUUAUUCAUCAGGAAAAAUUCAAGUCUCUUUCCAUGCUUUGCCAGGACACUGACAUAACUGAGUUUGUCUCUGCAGAUUUUCUUGAGCAACUCGCAGGGUUAAUACUGUCUUUUUUUCAUUAUAAUAUGGAUCUCAUAGCAUUAUGUUUUAUGCUUUGUUGAAAAAAAAAAAAGAUAGAAGUUGAUCUACCUCUGCUUGAAUUCAGGGGAAGAUACACGCAGGUAGACUUUAAAGUGGUAAUGGAAGCAGCAAGAGCAGAGCUCAUGAAAUUUGUUUCUCCUAGUGUCGUCUAAAUGUUUCCCCAGUAACCGAAGGAAGCCUUCUGCACCGCCUAGUUGUCUCUAAUGGCAUUCAAUUCAAGAGCCAGGGAGUCGAAACAUUUUGGUCGACUGAGUUCACGAUACAAGCCUGGUGCAUUCAAGCUGUCUCUGCCAGAAGAAUAGUAAGAUUAAGUAGAUUAUUGGUCAUCAGGUCAGUUUGGCCGAUACAGACAUUAUGACUGAUUUUUGAACCAAGAACCUGAAAAAUGCCGGUGGGAACGCCUUUGCGAUUGCACCAGAGGCAUGAGAAGCUAGUCAUUUUUUGAAGCUGAGGAUGGAAUGGGAGUGCAAAUGACCUUAAGAAAUCUGAGGCCUGCAUUUGAUUAUUGAACUCGCUGUCGAGACUUUCCUGCAUUAAGGUUGCUGCAGUGGAAUGUUUGAUUUUUUAACCUUAUCAAAUGUAUGAUGCAUUUUUUAUGCAGAUAAAUAUCCGGCUUGGUUUUUUU